UUUGGGCCGUGCUCGGGAGUGCAUCGGCACACGAUACAUAUCCGCCGCCGCCGCGACCAGCAGCAGAAGCAAUCAGUCUAGCGGGGAAGAAGACAUACUAGAGACACGUUCCGCAAAAGCCCCUCUCACCCCCCUGCAAUCGUUCUGCCGCGGUGAAGCCAGCUUAGCUCGGAAGAAGAAGAAGAAGAAGGGAGCAGCGUUGGAGUCGAGAAGGGAAACGGAGAGAGAGUGUGUGCGGGGAUCAAUAUGUGAGAAAAAGAAACUGGCCUCCUGUGCAAUAUAGCGAAAGCGAGUCGGCUGAACGGGAAGAAACCAAGGAAGAUUUAAUGAGUUUCCGUUAAAGUUAUUAGAAAUUUUAAGUGUUACGCAUCGUUACAGUUAAGUUUGAUCCCGGAGAGGAGUGUGUGUGACGGCGACGCAUCGUGGCGUGGCAUUCGGAAGUUGACUGAAGCCAAAGCCGGGGGACCUAAUCGUGUGAGGGUCGUGUUGGGUAACAGAAAAAAAACUUUGCAGGGGAGCGAGCGAGUCUGACACGUACACUUGUCACACUUGUCGGGUGGUCGAGUAGGAAAACUAGUCGAAGGUCGCUGCGGUUAGAAGGAACGCACAUCGAUCGGGAGUCGGAGCAGUCGAAGUUCCCGGAACUAGAGAGCCAUAUUCAGUUAAUUGGAAAGCACCACGCUAAGGGAAUACACAGUUCCAAAGUACGGGCUCGUUGAGUUUGCGUUACACUGUUUUCACUGUGGUGUGGCUAACCGACGCCAUAUACGACGACCGGGAAGCGCAGCGGAAGAAAACCAAGAAGCAACGACAACCACCAGCAAGUGUGUGUAUCCGUUUCGAUGUCUCUGUGGCUACUUCGAUUUGGAGUGUGCGAUACGGUUUCUUGUUUCUAAUUGAUUAAAAUUGACAGUUGUUUUUAUUGCAUUGUUAUACAUGUUUGUUAUACGACUUUUGUGUGUGUGUAUUUGUGUGGCACUCUGGGCCUGUCGGUGUGACUAAGUCGUGAUCGGAACUUGCCCACGAGGCGUGACUGCUAGAAUAUAUCACACACGUUUUCACGGAGUCUGCUGGAAAAUCACAGAAAUGAAUGCCCCCGGAGCGGUCUCCUUUGUCACAGGACGAUGGUGAUGGUGGUGGCAGUCUGACAGCAGCAGCAGUCAACGGAACAACAAUAAUAGGCGGGCACGUUACAGUGGAAACGACCUCGCCCGCAGCAAGUCCCAGCCCGGGACAAUUUGACGCGACAACGACGACGGUGGCGACACCUCACAACGGUUCCAGCAUGGUGCUGUCAACGAUCCCGGUGGAAACGACCCACCAGCUCAUCCUGCAGCAACAUUUGGCCCACCAGCCGCCGCACCAGCAGCAGCAGCAUCACAUCAUUACCACUGGCAACACCAAUCAAAGCGCAAUCAGCAGCAGUGUCACCGCUGGCAACACUGGCAUUAUAAUCAACAACAACAACAACAAUACUAGCUUUAAGAACCACAACAAUAUCAUAAUUAGCAGUAGUGGCGGCCUCGCCGCCAGCAGUAACAAUCACACCUACACGAUUAAUCUGAGCAGUGGUCACAACGGCCACGCCGUCAUUACCAACGGAAUUCCGCUCCAGAGUUACUCGUCGGUAACGACUAGCAAUAGCAACAGCAACAACAUCAGCAGUAGCAGUAACAGUACAACCCACAGUCAUCACCAUCAUCAACAACAACAACAUCAGCAGUACCAUCAUUUACAUCCUGCGCCAAACAGUGCUGCCAAUGGCAUGGCAACGGUCCUUGGCAACGGAACCACGACGACGACGACGGCGACGGUAUUGGCGCCACCUGGCGGGCAGCAAUCGUUGCCUCCGCCGCAGUCCAAGCUGGUCGUGCUCCAGCAAGGACAUUUGGGCGAGAAUUAUAUAACGACUACGGAAGGCAUGAACGGUGUCGGAAAUAUUGUACUCCUGGCGACUGAACAGAUGGACUCGGACCAUGAACUCAUAAACAGCAGUGGAAGCGGUAGCAACAACCUGGUCAUCACCAGCAGCAGCAGCAGCGCUAACGGACACCCGCUGUCCCAUCACCAACACCACGCAAUCCGAUCGGCAGCUGCGACCCUCACCUCCAACGGGGUGGUGGUCAACGGCGUCGGAGGCAGCAACGACGAGGAACUGACUCCGCUGACGUGGCUCCACGACAAGAAUCUGCUGAAGGGUAUCAACCUCUCCAAGGUGCCGGUUUCGUCUCCGGACAGUCCACGACAGGUGGUCGGUCGCCUUUCUCCUACCAGCGACUUUGUCGAGGACUCGAGCGUAUCCGAGGACAACACAUCCUCGGCCAACUCGUCGUCUGAUCAGAGCAUAGGCGUGUACUGCACGGAGACCAUCCAUCCCGGCGGUCGCCCCGCAACGAUCCACCACUCGAACCUGCACCACCUGCAGCAUCAUCCGCAGCACCACCACCACACAACGUUCCAGCUGAGCAACGGGUCGGGCCACAAAACGAUCACCACCACCAUCCACGGCGACACCAUCAUCGAGUACACCGCCGACGACAAGGAGCUCAAGUCGCCGUCGUCGACCGUGUCCUGUGCCUCUUCGUCGUCCUCCUCCCCGCCGUCCUCGUCCAACUCCUCGCUGUACAGCGGCUCGUCGCCAUCGCCCAACUCCAACACCGUGGUGACAUCCCACGGAGUAGUACAAAAUGGCGGCGGCAGUGGCGCCAGCACGCCCCAUCAACACUUUCACAAAAAGUACCUGCGCGAGGAGCACGUCAAGCAGCUGAAGCAGGUUAGCAGCUCGUACGCGACCCCGGUCAAGCAGCAAAGCACGCUCAAGUACGACGACGGUGACCUGGUGGAGGACCGUGCCUACCCGUCGGCUCCGGUUAAAAAUGGAAGCGGCGGCGGUGGCGGCUACACCAUGGCGGCCUCGCCCAACGUCAGCAGUGACGAAUACAGCAGUACCUACGGUGGCAUGAAGCCACCCUCGCCACCACUCUCGCCGCAGCAGCUUGGCGCUACAGCGCUGUCCGGGAUCCACGUGCUCCCGCAACCUCCGGCGUCUCCGUUGCCUUCCCCGGUCGGGAACGGUUCCAAGCUGUCACCACCCAAAGCGAAGCAUCCGACCAACGUGCCAUACGACCCGCAGGUUCACGUGCACAGUAAACCGCCGUUCAGCUUCAGCUCCCUGAUCUUCAUGGCGAUUGAAAACUGUCAGCAAAAGGCGCUUCCGGUUAAGGAGAUCUACGCGUGGAUUGUGGCGCACUUUCCGUACUUCAAGACGGCGCCGACUGGCUGGAAGAACAGCGUUCGGCAUAACCUCUCGCUGAACAAGUGCUUCCAGAAGGUGGAGAAGGCAGCGAACCUCGGCAAGGGUUCGCUGUGGAUGGUGGAGCCCCAGUAUCGUCCCAACCUGAUCCAGGCCCUGUCCCGAUCUCCGUUCCACUCCGGCUCCGGAAUCGACAAAACAACCUACAAGGCGAUGCAAGCCCAGCACCAGCAGCACCAACGUUCGACGGACAGUCCCACGAGCAGCGUCGGAAGCAGCUAUUCCAAGGACAACUUCCCGUACCUCGCCAGCCGGUUAGCCCCGGGUGACGCACAAAGCCAUCUGCACCAUCUGCACGACCAGCAGCACGCGAGCCAUCCGGAUAUGGACGGGGACGACUUCAGCAGGUCUUCGACCCCGAUCGACUACGACGGCGGAGAUCUGCCCCAUCAAACGGUGACGGCCGGUCCGUACCACGUGACCUACCACCCGGUGGGGACGACGUCCAACGGGAUCAACUACUCGACGGCCGCCACUUCCGGGAUGCUUCCGGUUGACGGCUCGGCACCGGGAUCUGGCGAUCCCAACGGUCGAAACUGGAGCGCGGACACGAUUGACGACGUGAACGCGGCUACCGCCAUGCUGGCGCUCAAGCACGGACCAAAGGUCUUCACCGAAGGCUUCCACAACGGAAACCCUCCGGUCAUCACCACCUCACCCAGCGAGGACCACACGUACUCUGCCGGAGGCAGUAUUCCACCUGCGGGUGUGGCCAGCGGGCGUUCCAGUCAAGCCAACAGCGACAACAACAGCAACGGAACGUCGUCGGACGCGGCCUACGAGAGUAGCGAGGAGAGCCAAACCCUGAACGCAACGGACCUGGAGGAGCAGCGACGCCAGGCCGGCGUCGACGCACUGCUCAACCUGGCCGGCAUCACCAACUAUUCCACGCCGAACUCUUCGCUGAAAAGACCCGCGUCCAGCAUGGAGCCGGAAUCGACGCCACCUACACCGUCGGCGUCCGUCAUCUACCAGCAGUACCUGGAGAGCACUCCGCCGUCCGGGUACAGCGUGGUGGUGCAGGCCCCGCCUGCGGCCCACCGCAACAGUUACUACCUGCCGGCGGACGAGCUGUCCGGUCACCAUCUCCAGUCGUCGUACCAGUCGUCGCCAUCGCCGCCCAAGAAGGCCAAGACCGCUUCCGCGCGGAUGCUUAAAAAGUUCAAGAAGAAGGCCACCUGGGUGCGGUAAUAUCGCGCCGAACGGAAGCGGAAGCAGCGACCUGCCGCCGGCAGCAUCACCAAGUGCGACUAGGGUUAGGUUGGAUGUUGAGGGUUGGCGGGUUUUGGCGACUGGUUCCCGGUGGGUGUGACGGGAAGCACUUCCAGAGCUUGCUUUUAACCUAACCUCAAAUUGCUAAAUUGGCAUUUGAUUGUACUCACCACUUUCAUUUCGGGAAGAUAUCCCGAAAAAAAUCCGGAAGCAAGUCUGGUUUGACGUUUACGUUGACGUUGAGAAAAUUUCUUCAAAACUGUCGUUUUAGAACAACUUUUGGUCCGAAACACGUCAAUUAUCAUUGUUGUCGAAAAACACGUGCUUUCACUUUGGUUGCUUUGAUCAGACUGAGGAGGAAAGUGCAGCAGCUGUCAAGCUGUCAAAAUUUACCAUUCGCAAACCACGUAACGCUGGUAACGCACCAGCCAGGGAUGCCAGCCGCUGAACAAAAAAAAAUGCCGGAGCCUACUUGGUUAGCGCCAACAACGCAGUUUUGUUUUUCUAUCGAUUUUUCCCCUCAAACUUAACUAGCAAAUUAUACUAUUUUUAGUCAAUACCGUAAGCUUACUUGCUCUGGCAGGUUUCCGCUGUGGCCGGGUGUCGUCGUCUGCGGCUCUGCAAUCGGAGAGAGUAAGAGUGUAGACAAAAUUUUACCAAAAAAAAAGUGUUUAAAAUGUGCUGCGCGCGGGAUGAACUAAAAACAAGCCUUCUAAAUUUAAAAACUGAGAAAAAAAAAGAAAUGUUCAGCUCUGAAAGAGACGAACGCUAGCAAGAAACCAAAAUUGCAUUUGAACUGUUUAUUUUUUCUGUUGAAAAAGUUAUUAUUUAUUUAAGGGAAUGGGGAGAGAGCCAGUGCGGGGUGCGAAAAGAAAAGUUUUGUUAUUGCAUAUUUUAUACAUAAACACACAAAGAAAGUUCGAUGAAACAAUCUUUUCCGGCGUGUGACGUUACACGCUGAUUAGGGUUUAAGCGACUUCUUUUUUGUUUGUUUGAAUAGAAGUAUAAAGUGUGAGCUGAGGUAGACGUGGAUGUGGUACGGAAAGAUAUCAAUGAACUUAGUCACUCGCGCCUUUUACUUAGGAUUAGAAGACGUAAAUUUACAUACUUUUCAACUAAAUCUAAAUUUGGAAAACAGGUUGGGAUUGGUGUAAUUCGCGGAGGAAAGAAAAAGGCUACAUUUAAACGCAAACCAAUAGGAUAAUUACCAAAACUGAGAGAGGGAAUAAUGAAAAUAACAAUCAAAAAAACUGGAACGAGUGUACGGAAUGGCCUUUUGUGACACACACACACGCAAGCUGUGUUUUGUUUUUUUUUGACGUUUCGAAUGUGUUUAUGUUCGCUUCUUUCUGGUGCCAAUUAUUAUUGUUAGACAGUGAGUAAACAGAGUUGGCGGCGCAAAUGCUUUUCAAAUUACGGCUAACACAGCAGUAGGCAAAUUAGAGUUGAGUAAGGGCUAUCAGAGUUUAGUAAGUGAGUAGGUGUUUAAGAGAGAAUGAUUUCAAAAAAGAUUAUGGUUAAGUUUUUACGAGGUAAAAGUGUAAGCUGUUAUAGCGCAGAGAAGAUUGCUGGGAUUAGUCGCGUAUCUUUGUAAGUGUCUUCGUGACAGUUCUUAUACCAGAUUGAAGGAUAUAAAAAUAUUACUCUAUUUAAUUGA